UUUGUGCUUCCUUCGCCGCCUCCCCCUUCCCGUCGUCAGUCUGCCUCGUCGGGGCGCCUGCAGUGGCGGUCGAGGAGUCGUCUCGGAGAUACGUGACCCGUAGGCUGAGGUUAUCCUGCCACCUUUUAAAUUACUAUGAGUCUACUACAUAGUAACACGAGCUUUGAAACCAGUGAUCAAGAGAGUGGCUGCUGUGCAGCCAUGGCCAGUGCUUGCAGUGCUGGAACCAAGGAGGAAGGCAUCAGUGCCAGCAUCAGCAAUGGUACCAGUGGGACACUUUCAAACUCUUUCAUGGAGGAAACCCAAGGCUACGAUGUGGAAUUUGACCCACCACUGGAAAGUAAAUAUGAAUGCCCUAUCUGUUUAAUGGCUCUACGGGAAGCAGUACAAACACCAUGUGGACAUCGUUUUUGCAAAGCUUGCAUUGUCAAAUCCAUAAGAGAUGCAGGUCAUAAGUGUCCAAUAGACAAUGAAAUCUUACUAGAAAAUCAACUAUUUCCUGAUAACUUUGCAAAACGUGAAAUCCUAUCAUUGACAGUGAAAUGUCCCAACAAAGGCUGCAGCCAGAAGAUGGAACUAAGGCAUUUAGAGGACCAUCAGCUUCGUUGUGGAUUCGCAUCAGAGAAAUGUUCUCAGUGCCAAGGGAUUUUCCAGAAGAACCAGCUGCAAGAACACAUUAAACUAGAGUGUCCACGGCGGCAAAUUGCCUGUCCGAAUUGUGCCAUGUGUAUGCCUUACGAAGAAAAGCAGGUUCAUGACAAAAUAUGCCUUUUGGCAAAUGUCUUCUGUGAAUAUUGUAAUACCAUGCUAAUCAGAGAACAGCUGCCUAACCACUAUGGUAAUGACUGCCCUACUGCUCCAGUACCAUGUACCUAUAGUACAUUUGGGUGUACAGAAAAGAUGCAGAGAAAUGACUUGGCACGCCACAUGCAAGAAUUUACUCAGGUUCAUAUGAGAAUGAUGGCUCAGACUCUUCAGAGUGUCAGUGUUACUACUCCAACUUCCUUAAAUUUUUCUGGAGCUUUACCCUUUGAUCCAUCACUCUUCUCUCAAGCCAUGCCACCUUCAUGUGAGUGUAGCCCUGAGGUCCAGAACUUCAAGGAGACUAUUCAGCAACUGGAAGGUCGCUUAGUAAGACAAGAUCACCAAAUUAGAGAACUCAUUGCAAAAAUGGAGACCCAAAACUCCCAGAUGGGGGAUCUCAAACGCACCAUUCGAAAUCUAGAGGAAAAAAUUGUUGACAUUGAAGCCCAACAAUGUAAUGGUAUUUUCCUGUGGAAAAUUGAAAAUUUCAGUAUGUAUCUGAAAGCCCAGGAAGAAGAAAGGCCUGUUGUGAUCCACAGUCCAGGUUUUUACACAGGGAAACCGGGAUAUAAACUUUGCUUGCGUCUGCAUAUCCAGUUGCCAAGUGCUCAACGUUGUGCUAACUACAUUUCUCUUUUUGUUCACACAAUGCAAGGGGACUAUGACAGUCAUCUGCCUUGGCCUUUCCAAGGCACCAUACGUCUAUCAAUUUUGGAUCAGUCAGAAGGAUCACCAAGGCAUAAUCAUGAAGAAGUAAUGGAUACCAAGCCUGAGUUGCUAGCCUUCCAACGUCCUAUGGCCCAUCGCAACCCAAAGGGCUUUGGAUAUGUGACUUUUAUGCAGUUGCAAGCCCUAAAACAAAGAACAUACAUAAAAGAUGAUAUUCUUUUGGUACGCUGUGAAGUUUUAACGCGUUUGGACUUAACCAGUCUCCGAAGAGAGGGUUUUCAGCCUCGUAGCACAGAUGGAACAUCGUAGCCUAUUGUCCAGUCUUGAUCAUUUGUUUAUGUAAUUGUGAAAACCAAGCUUGGUUUAAAUUAUUCGGCUCCCUGAUGUGGAGCAGAAAAUGAUGCUCCUGUUUUCAAAAAGAAAAAAGUCAUCAUGUUAACCUAAGAUAGCAAAAUUCUGCUAGUGCCUCUUCCUCCUCCUCAGGAAUAGAAAAGCAGCAAUAAUAAAUGCCUUUUUUUUGCUACAUGAAAAGUUUUUUGCCUGUAGCAGCUGCUUUGCUGUCUUAUUGUAUGAAGAAUCUCUUGAACUGUAAAGGAAGAGUGAGAUUCAUGAGAAUCACAGAUCUUUGAAGCAGAAGUAAGACUGCCACCCUGGGAAGAUAGUAUGCUUUUCAGGAAAGGGAAGAUCAUUCUUCUGUCAUAAGACAAAAAUAUAUCUAGUGCACUCUGUUGAUCCUUACAAGUGAGCUGGAUAACUGUUACCACGAGCUGACAUGUGUUAAAAAUAGUACAGUGAAACAGAGCAACCUACUGUAUAGUCAAGAAUGGGUCAGAUUCUGUUGCUAUUUGUCAUUAGAAGAUUGAUUGCUAAAGCUAUAAACUUUGUACUUGUAUCUCAGAGAAGUUAAACUAUGAAAUAUAUUUACCUAGAGGCAAGUAUAUAGUGGGGUAUCUCAGGGCUCUGUCUAGGGCCCAGUAUUCUUCAGUUUUAUAAGUGACUUAGAGGAUGGGAGGCUCACCAAGUCUGCAAAUGGCACAAAGCUAGGAGGAGAUUGCUAACACGUCAGAAGACAUGCUCGAGGUUUGAAAGGUUUUCAUAUGCUUGAACAUUGGGCUUUAUCCAAUAAACUACUGUUCAAUGGCAAAAUAAAUAAGGUUAUGCACUUAGAUGGGAAAGACCAGAUGCACAAGUAGAAGAUAGGCAGGACUUGGCUCAGCAGUAGCACUUAUGAAAAAGAUCUGGGUAUCCUAGUAGACUACAGAUUAAGCAUGAGCCAGGGAAGAAUGCAGAGAAGAGCAAUAAAGAUGAUGAAAAGCUUGGAGGCUAAAACUUAUGAAGAACAGUUAAACUGGGUUUGUUUAGCCUAAAAAAGAAAAGGCUAAGAGGAGUCAUGAUAGCAGUCUCCCAGUGCUUGAAGGGCUGUUACAGUGAAGAGGGUAUGAAUUUGUUUUCCAUAGUGUCUAAAUGUAGGACAAAAACAAAUGGAUGGAGUGACUCCUGGUGUCAUGGGAUCAUCUGAGGAUUCCUGCCUGGGAAGUGGGUUAGACUGUAAGACCUCCAAGCUACCUUCCAACCCUAUGAUUCUAUGAAUUAUUUGAAUAUCUAAGCUAAUAAGUAGGGAUGUUAAGAAUAAAUUGUGAGACAAUAUACAACAAAAACCCUUGACACAGUAUGCACAUAUGACAUGCAUAACUGCUUAAUGCUCUUUAUCAUCUGGGCAGGAAAGUCAACAUUCAUAUGUUUGUAGAUUUGGAAUUACUUAGGGCUUCAUUCUUGCAUUCUCUUCCCAGAGAAUGUAGUGUUAAGAAUCCAUUCUCAACUGCCGUUAAUAUAGUAUGUUUGAUAUAUCUAAAAGUUCAUUGCAGAUCUCUCCUAGAGAAGCUUAAUGAGGUAUCAAGCAUACUUUUGCCCUAAUGACUGAUGAAAUCUUGAGAUAUCCUUGACUGGUUUCCAUGUCGCUAUGUCAUUUGCACUGCUUAAUCCUAUCUCUUGCCCUGUUGCAUUUUUUGCACUUCUGUGAUGAUAACUUUUAACUGUGACGCUGUUACAAACAUUAGGCAUGUUUCAUGUUUACCUGGAAGCACUGUUGCAAUCUGUUAGCAGUAAAGGGAAUUCCCCUUCUUUCAGUAGGUGAUUUUUGAUAGGCUUGUGCUUGCAUUCUGCAGUGUUUUCAAGUUUGUUUUGCUGACAUAUUCAACAUAGGUGUUACAAUUCUCAAGAAUGUGAUUUUCACCAGCCUCAGAUUGGCUGAUCUAAGCAAAGCUGUACCAAAGCUUUUUUUUUUUUGCACUCAACAAUCUCUAUAGAAUCGUGCUACUUUGGUGCACAAACUUGUUAUUAGUGCUGUUAAAGUUGUUACCUUGUGUAAAAGAAACCUCUGAUCAAAAUUCAGUGGUGUUGACAGAAUCUUUUUAGUGAAAGUGCUCUCAAUAAUACCUGUGUGACAUGAGAGCAAAAAGUGUGGAAUCAUGGCCAAAGUUAACUAAAGGAUGAAAGUGUGGCUCUCAUGUGUGAAAGAAAAAAAAAAGAUCAAGGCAGCCUUACCAUUGCUUUGGGGGGGGGGGGAGAAACAAUAUAAAUAGUCCUGGGGGCAACAGUCAGUAGCCCAAAAUUUGCACUAGUACUCCAUGUAAACAUAUGAUGGUAAAUCUGUAGCACUGUGAUAACUUAAUCUUUCUUUACAGUUCUAUAAGAACACUUAGAGUAAAGGUGCUUGUCUUCCAGAUGAAUAAAAGACACACAAUAAUGAAGCAGCCAUAGAAAAACACAAAUUUUGGGAUGACCUGUCAGAUUUUGAGGGUGCCUGUCAGAACACUGCCCAAGAAGCGAAAUGUAUAGUGAAUUUCCCAAGCAUUUGGGAGUGAAAUAAAGUAUUCUCAGAUGCCAUAAAAGCAGAGCAUGUGAGUGUUAACACUUAAGGUAGCAUAUUCCACAAUUUUGUAGAAGAGAUACUUAUUUGGGAGCAAUGACUUACGCAAUGACUUUCCCAAACUCCCACCCCACCCAGGCACUGAAAAUGUGCAUUAUUUCAAAGAAUUGGUUGUCUAUUCAGAGUACAGAUACAAUACAAUUUUCUAUUCUGAUGCUUUUCUUAUGAAAAAGAACUAUGUAGAUUAUUCUUCAUUUAAACUUGAUCUAAUUGUCAUUUUUUUGUGAAAUAAUAACUCUUAGUGUGAUAUAUUUCAUUUACUUAUCCAAAAGUAAACAUCACUCACUCAUUGGAACUUAGUUUUAACUAUCUUUAGUAAGCUAAGACGAAAAUGCUGGCAUCUUCAGACAUUUUUAUAUACAGCAGUGUUAUAUACUAUAAGCUGCUGAGCUUGCCGACAGGAAGGUCAGCGGUUCGAAUCCAUGUGACGGGGUGAGCUCCCGUUGCUAGUCCCAGCUCCUGCCAACCUAGCAGUUCAAAAACAUGCAAAUGUGAGUAGAUUAAUAGGUACCACUUCGGCGGGCAGGUAACGGCGUUCUGCUUAGUCAUGCCGGCCACAUGGCCACAGAGGAAGUGUGUACAGACAAACGCCGGCUCUUCGGCUUUGAAACGGAGAUGAGCACCGCCCCCUAGAGUCAGACACAACUGGACUUAUUGUCAAGGGAAACCUUUACCUUUACUACUGCAUAAUUACAAUCUAUUUGACAGAAAAGCCAAGUUUAUUUCCCAGUUUUCAAAGGCAUCUGUGUAUGAACAGUAAUUUCUUGCAAUAAACAUUAACCUUUAAGGAAUAAUAAUCCAUUUAGUCCAUAAACUAGUAGCUUGCAUAUUCUACCUUUUCACUUGCUAUUUCCAAUCUUUAUUAGUCCUUAGGUGAUAAAGUAAAAAUAAAGGUAGGAACUAAUUACCAUCUGUGGGCAUAUUUCAGUUUCAUGGCACAGUCUUCAGCACAUCUAUUAAGAAGCCAGCCUGAUUACACUUCCAGAUAAUGGAAUAUAGGAUUGCAAUCUCAGUUUAACUUUUAUUUAAAAAUUGUUGAAUACAUUUAAACAUUGCCAUUUAAAACACUUGCACUCUUUUUCUAUUGUUUAAUCUUAUUUUCCAUCACUAGCAGUACUUUUUAGCUUCUGUUUUGUCCUACUUUUUAAAUCAAUCACUUUGAGCCCUUAUCUUUGGAUCUCAUUGUUACUGGACAUCAAUAAGGUCUAAUCCAUCUCUUAGAUAUAUCUAAAUUUUUAAUUAAUUGGUUUUUAGCUUCAUUUCUUCCAUUUCCCCAUCCAUUUCAUUGUAUAUUGUGUUUAUUAUGAUCGUAGAACUCUCUGCAGGAUGCUACGGUUUUAUUUCAGUGUUUUAUAUUCUGUCACAUAUUGGGAAUAGGACAGGAGCAGAAAUUAGGAAUCUGGUUGCAACUUUUUAGACUAACAAAUUUCAUUAAAAGGCAUAAGCUUUCAUAAACUAUAGCUCACUUGAUCAGAUGCAUGGAGGAGCAGAGAAUUCAUAGACUUCCAGCUAUCUUAAAUUCCAGUUCCCAUCAGGCCUGGCCAGUAUGGUUAGUAGUCAGGUAUGUUCAGAAUUGUAGUCUAGCAAGAUUUGAAAGGUCCCAAGUCCCUCUUCUCCAUUCCCUUAGGUAUUUUAAGUAAUAACAAAAGUGUUUGUGCUUACAUGUGAAAAAGCAGUACUAUGAAGAACUGUGCAGUUGCAAUUGUUCACUAUGUGCAUUUAUCUGUGUGCAUGUGUGCCAAAAACUUCUAAUUUCCUUGGAAUAUAUAGAAGUUGAAUAAGAUAUCUAUUCUUUAGAUCAGAUAAAGCUGAAUAGCAUAUGAAGACAUGUUUUUUGCUGCUCACUGUAGAAGUCAAAAGUUUUCUGUGAGUAUAUUUUUUCAGGAUCAUAUGCUCUUUCACAAUUGCUUCACAAUUAGUCACUUAACUCCACUGCAAUAUAGGGUGGAAGUGGGAAGCAUUUUCUAUUUGGGGGCCAUGUUGUCUUCGUUAGGGGAGCGGCUUGUAGAACUAUGGGUAGUAUAGCAAUAUAUUCAGUGAGCUAGAUGCAAGAUUUUGGCCCUUUUUAUGUGCUCUGGGAGAGCGGGGAGGUAUUUUAACUCUGGGAGGCUGAACACAUCUAACUCUUCAUUUUUAAAAAUGUGCCAUCUAAUUGCCAUUUUACCACAGAGCUCUUUUAACAAACAUGGAAUUCUGGGAAUAACAUAAAUGGGGCUGGGACAACUUGUAGGCUAAGUAUUGUUGGGAUACAAUAUCAAGAUACUUACCUCCUAAAUUUUUUAAAUAGAGAAUUAGAAGUUUUCUGUUUCACUGAGGUUUCAAAUUAUUGUAAUGUGUGUUCAACCAGGCAUCCAAAUACAAACAUAUGUUACAAGUGAACUGCAAUGAAAAAGUACCUUUUAAAUUAAAAUGCAGGGUCUCUGCCUUAAAUGAACUAAUGUGACAUAAUCCAGUAAAUUGAAGGUACUAGUAACAAGGCCACAUUAAAACAUCACAUAUUGCCAAUGUUGCUAAUGUCUGAGAACAAUAUUUAACAAAAUAUAUUGUGUAAUAAAUGCACUAAUCUGUGCAUAUACUACUACUGAUUAUCACAAUAAACUAAUCCAUUUAAUAUU